AUGGGAAUCGACGGCACGGACUCGCUGGCGGAACAAUUCUUCAGUGUGCUGGAGGAGACGGGCGGCGAAGUGCGAGAUCGCAUAACGCAACUUGAAGCACGGCUGAAAGCAUUGAACUGGCGUCGGCACCCUCUGCACACGUUUUUGGAGCUGUUGUGUGAGCAUGUUGCUCUCACCUUCCAGCUCUACCACCAAGAUGGCCAAGGAACUGUCGAACAAAUGCUGGGCGAGACUUGCGUUGCCGUGGGCACGCACGCUUUCUGGCUUAAGAAUAUGUCUGGCGUGCGCACGACGGCAAGUCGCUGUCUGCGCGACCGCUCCACUGGCGUGGUCCUCGUGGACGAAGCCGACAUGUUGUCGCUGAGCCAGCUCGUGGGCGUGUUGUCUUCUGGCACGGAGAUGAUCGCUGCAUGGGACCCGGGCCAGCAAUUGCAGCCGUUGGACAUGAGACAUCGAGUCGCGCCAGGCGAACGGUGGCAUGCCGACAGCGACGCGCGUGAGCCCAGUGCUAUUCAGCUGCUCCAAGACCUCGCUGGUUUAAACAAAGCCAGCCACGUCGUUCGACUCCUUGAAACUCGUCGAUUCGGGGACGUUGUGUGCCGUUUGCUGUCACAGAUCAGCUUGGCCUACAGCGGCCUGCACUCCCACAGGGAUGCACCCGACACGACACUCGUGCUUUGGAGGGUUUCUGGCCAUGGAGACAGUGGCUUUGAGGCGUUCCGGAACGCUUCCGGGGCUGUAGCAAACGUAACCUUUUUCUGCAUGUGCGCGAACUUGGUGAAGCGUUUGAGCAGGAAUCAUGGCUGCGUCUUGGUGGUGGUGUGGUACGCCGUCCUGCGCCAGGCGUUAAACCAUUUUUUGCGCUUCGCUGGUGUCGAUCCCGCGCACUUCAGCAUCCGCACGGCGCGGCAGGCCAAAGGAGAAGAAUGCGCCGCCUGCGUGGUCUUGGCCUGUCGGCGUUUCAGCUGGCCGGACUUUGCUGGAUCGCUCAGUGACGCUGGCAAGCUGGCAGUGGCAGUUUCACGCGGCCGCGUGGAAACGCACAUCCUUCUGGAUGCGGCUUGCCAGUGGGCCAAUGUCAGCAUGUGGGAGAAUAUGUGGCGCUUCCCAGCCACGUCUGUCGUUGACUUGACACCUGAGGACGAGAACGAAGAGGAGAUCGACCUGUUCCGAUUCUGGAUGACAGCCACAUGGGGCGAUGAGUGCAGUUGCAGUGACUCUGAGGAGGCUGCGGACGAUGACCAGGCUAGCACAUGUGCCAGUUUUUUUGCAUCGGCCUCAGCUGUUUCCAGGCAUCUUCCCGAUCAGCUCCCCGAUCGUCAGAUUCGCUCCAGCCAACCUCCCAUGUAUGCUGUGCCAGAGGACACUGACCUUCGAGAGAUUUGGCCAAGGUGGCGGGCUUUCCUGGUGCCCUGCAUUACCGUCGUUGCUGGCUACAAGGACAAAGAACCGGAAACAAACGCAGAUGGCGCGGAAGCCGAUGUGGAGGCUUUGCUGUCCUUGAAGUUCCUGGAGUGGCACACAGUGCCAGACCACCAACUCACGGCCCCAGGAGCCCUGCUUUUUCAGGUGAAAGGGCAGCUCCGUGACGAAGCAGCGUUUUGGGAGCUGAGAAUUUCACGGCAUAAGGCAGAGACCCAGACGGUCGCUGGCGUGAACUUCUUCUCGCAGAGGUGCCGCUCCUGGCGCCCGGAGUGGCAGCUCUGCAGCGAGGGCAAGGUCCGCGCUUUGGCCUACUGGGGCAUGGGCACGCGUGGCCAGCACCCGUGGCUCUGGUCCAUGGUGGUUACGGUCAAGUCCUUGGAGCUCGCCCGCGCUGUGUUGCGCGUGGCCGAUGUGCCUCUGACGAAGAUCCUCGGCUGA